UGUACACGAGGAGGCAAUGAAGGUCAUGGCUGAUGUUAAAUGCCAUUUACGAGAACUGGAGACUCAAGUAGCAGGUCUUAAUCCACCCUCAAACCCUGUAAAUCUGGGUAACACAGGGCUCUUGUCCUUGGACCCCUCACCAGAUAAACUACCACUCUACUACCAGCUUCUGGACUGUUAUACUUGGAUGGAGAAGGUACAUUGUUACUCCACCAUAAUGCACUCACUCUUUUCUGGAAACAAUCUCAAGAGAUCAUCGAUAUCAUUACCAUAUUCUGCUAAGAGGAGACGACCUGCUUCAUUAAACCACAAUGUACCUCAACAGCAAGUUGACAUGCUGAUUCAAGGAGUUAAUCAGAUGUUUCAAGACAUGACUCUAAACAUAUCCCGACCCUUUGGUAACAAUGCUGUAGUCCAGGUGACUCUGGGUCGUGUGCUGAGGGCUGUGGUAACUUUCAAAGGAAUAUUGAUUGAAUGGGUUGUUGUGAGAGCAUAUAAUGAACCAUUACUUGAUGAGGAUGGAAAGGUUGACUUGUACACACCAUCCCAAUACAAAGUGUUUCAGAAAGUGACCGACAAUGCAAAUGCUGCGAUGUUGAACUUCUGUUCACCAGGAUUUUCUGACUUGUCUAUCCGCUCCUUCUUUACCUGGCUGCAUAGUUUUGUUUCUCUCUUCACUGAUGUGUGCAAGAGGUGUAGUAAUCAUCUUCAUAACCACAUGCCCCCAACAUGGAGAGAAUUUCGGACAUUAGACCCCGUUCAUGAAGAAUGUAAAGCAUGAGCAGAGCAUUAAUUUUUUUUUGUUAAACAUUUGUCGUGAGAUAGUGUGGAGGCAAGUGUAUAAUGAUAUGCUAAGAAUAUAAGAAUGUAAUAUUCAUUUUAAUAUCAAGUUUCUUUUGUAUCAUACUUGAAUCAUUCGCAAAAUGGAGUUUUGUAACUAUAGACUUUAGACAGUUUAUGUAGAUUUAAUAGAUUUGCAUUCGUAUGAAUUUUAUCACAUUUCUGUUUAGAUUGUAAUACAAAUAUUAUUCAAAGAAAAAAUAAAGUUACCAAUACC